ACUCCUGCUCGGCAGGAUUCCGGACAACGCCUGGUUCCUCUCGGGUCCUUCCGGCGUCGCCGGAGUGAAUUGAUCCGGGAGUUGGAGACGGUUCCAAAGGUGGGCAGUGGAAGUCGGUGCCUCGGUUGCCGGCCCUUUUCUGGGAUCAGAAGAACCUUUGUUUCUCUGUGUUUCCAGUUAUUAUGGUCUUUUUUUUAUCGGGACUUUUUAAGUAAAAGGAGAGAUUGCUGUUCUUUUUUUUGUGCACCAUUCUUUAUUGCACACACAUAAAAAGGGGACGAAAUUCUGCAGUGAAUGAAGAUUCCUUUGCAUUUUAGCAUUGCUUUUUCUACUGUAGUUGGCUUUUGAAUGAGGAUGACAAUGGAAGAGAUGAAGAAUGAAGCUGAGACCACUUCCAUGGUUUCUAUGCCUCUCUAUGCAGUCAUGUAUCCUGUGUUUAAUGAGCUGGAACGAGUAAAUUUGUCUGCAGCCCAGACUCUGAGAGCCGCUUUCAUUAAGGCUGAAAAGGAAAAUCCAGGCCUCACACAAGACAUCAUUAUGAAAAUAUUAGAGAAAAAAAGUGUAGAGGUUAACUUCACAGAGUCCCUUCUUCGUAUGGCAGCUGAUGACGUGGAAGAGUACAUGAUUGAACGACCAGAGCCAGAAUUCCAGGACCUGAAUGAAAAGGCACGGGCACUUAAACAGAUUCUCAGUAAGAUUCCAGAUGAGAUCAAUGACAGAGUGAGGUUUCUGCAGACAAUCAAGGAUAUAGCUAGUGCAAUAAAAGAACUACUUGAUACAGUGAAUAAUGUUUUCAAGAAAUACCAAUACCAGAACCGCAGGGCACUUGAACACCAAAAGAAAGAAUUUGUAAAAUACUCCAAAAGUUUCAGUGACACUCUGAAGACAUAUUUUAAAGAUGGCAAGGCAAUAAAUGUGUUCAUAAGUGCCAACCGGCUAAUUCAUCAAACCAACUUGAUACUUCAGACCUUCAAAACUGUGGCCUGAAAGUUGUAUAUGUUAAGAGAUGUACUUCUCAGUGGCAGUAUUAAACUGCAUUUAUCUGUAAAUUUUAAAGUUUGACUGUAUAAAUUAUCAGUCCCUCCUGAAGGGAUCUAAUCCAGGAUGUUGAAUGGGAUUAUUGCCAUCUUACACCAUAUUUUUGUAAAAUGUAGCUUAAUCAUAAUCUCACACUGAAGAUUUUGCAUCACUUUUGCUAUUAUCAUUCUUUUAAGAAUUAUAAGCCAAAAGAAUUUACGCCUUAAUGUGUCAUUAUAUAACAUUCCUUACAAGAACUGUAAAUAUUGGUGUUUGUUUCUGACAUUUUAACUUGAAAGCGAUAUGCUGCAAGAUAAUGUAUUUAACAAUAUUUGGUGGCAAAUAUUCAAUAAAUAGUUUACAUCUGUUAAA